AGAUAAUAUUUUAUACUGAUUACAAAAGAUUAACGAUCCUGAGAUAAAAUUAGUGAUGUUGUGUCAUCAUAGUGUUCUUAUCAUGCAAAGUCUAUAAUCUGAUGUCAAUGUUAUUUACACAAUAGAUAACAAGGUGGUAAAUACCAGGUAUUUAGUGUUAAUGCAUGCACACAAUGAAAACAUAUCUUCUGAAAUAAAAAUGAAGAAUGUAUUGAUAGCUAUGGAUGGAAGCAAAGAGUCUGUAUAUGCGUUCAAUCAAUACGCGGAAAAAAUACACAACACAAACAACUACGUGAUAUGUGCUCACUGCGCAGAAUACGUAGAGGCGGAUCCCGGGGUUCUCUCUAUUGCUCAAGUCGGUUACGAUGUUAUUGAGGGAUUGGUAGAAGAAGACGAAAAGCGCAUAUUGUCAAUUUUGGACAAAAUGGAGAGCUUACUCAUAUCUAACCAGGUAAAAA